AUGCAGAUCUGUGACAACUUCCUCACACGACUGCUAUGCCAGCUAGAAGAACAUUUGCAGUGGCUGGCACGUGGAAACGGGACCGAUCUGCCGCCUCAAUGGGGCCACAUAACAACACGUCGUGAACCCGCCGGCAAUACUGCCCACGGGUUUGUUCUGCAUAUCAACGGACCAGGAGAAGGCGAGAUGUUUACCAUCAUGGUGGAUGGAGACGAGGCAGCAUCUGCAUUGGAGGCCAAAAUGCAAGACUACGACAAGAUGAGUCUUGCACUUGCUCGAGCCGUUACCCAAGCGUCAAGCCUAUUUCAGCUCCAGCAGACACCUAAUCACAUAACAUCUACAGACAAGGCUGCCCAGGCUCACAUUGCUUUGCUGAAGCGUUACAACGACGUCCGUGAUGUAAGCCAGCAGCUCAUUGGUAUCAUCGCCGACAGCAGAGGCCUGUCCGUUCGGGCCCUUUACGAAAAUGACGCCUAUGGUGUGGGCAUAGACGAUUAA